UCCAUUUUGUGAGUACCGUCGAAGCAGAGCCGCGUCCCCGAGGAAAGAAGAAACCUAGAAACGACUUCAAAAAACGGUCAAAGUCACCCGACGAUUAGCUCGCUAACCAAGUUAUCAUCCGAAAGGAAAGCAAAUCUUAUCGUAUGUCCGAUAUCCAGAACCUCCAAACUUUUGAUCCCUUUGCUGAUGCAACUAAGGGUGAUGACCGCCUCCCAGCCGGGACAGAGGACUAUAUCCACAUAAGAAUCCAGCAGAGGAACGGCAGGAAGACCCUCACCACUGUCCAGGGCAUUGCCAUCGACUAUGACAAGAAGAAGCUAGUCAAGGCCUUCAAGAAGAAGUUUGCGUGCAAUGGGACAGUGAUUGAGCACCCAGAGUAUGGUGAAGUGAUCCAGCUCCAGGGAGACCAGCGCAAGAAUAUCUGCCAGUUCCUCAUCGAGAUUGGCCUGGCCAAGGAGGAGCAGCUCAAAGUCCACGGCUUCUAGACGCUGCCCGCAGCCCUCUCUCCUUCUCGACUAGAAGGCCAUUAAACUCCCCUCCCCCUAUGUGCUGCUGUUGCCCCUCCUCCCCCCUCUCCCCUCUCUCCCCUCUCCCUCCUUGCAGCCCCACCAGCUCCCAUUAGCCAACAUGUGAAUUACCUCUGACAAAAAUGGGAUUCUGUAACCCCGCCGCCCCCCCCACCACCAGGGGGCAGGCUCGCUCUCACAAAGACACGCCACUGCAGCGCCACACAGCAUCAGGGAUGAGUGGUGAGACCCCCCCUCACAAACUUCCUUUCCCCCCGGUUUGUUUCUAUACUUUUUAAAUUUUUCUUUUUAGGUCUUGUGCCACAACAUGGAGGCACCGAUUCAUGUAACUUUUUUGUUUUGUACUUCAAGGUGUUUCAAUAAAACGUUGCGUCUCCACA